GAUACUUAGGUUUAAAUCGAUGAACGAUCAGCUCUUCAAAUACCCACAAUAAACUACCAAUAUAAAUACGUAUUUGUUUAGCAAAGAAUAUUUAUGAAGAAGGAAGUUCUUUACCCGUGAUCCGAAUCAUGUAUGUGCCAUUUGUUGUGAAAUGUUUAUUCUUGUAUAUUCUAAACGCCACAUGGAUUACGUUAACGCUUGGCUCCGGUGCGUUUACGCAGCCGAACAUUCCCGCGUGUUACGUGUCCGCGUCCCUAUACGAAACGGUGGACGGGAUGAGCAAGAUCUGUAACCAAGGGUGGAGCACAAGUGAUCGGGCAGCCUGUUCCGACGACGGUGACGCCUACUACCUUUACUGCAGUACGGACCAUGACUGUUGUUCAAUAGAUGGGUGUCCGGCUUGCUGCACAAGUCGAACGACGCUUAGCAAGUACGAAGUUGCGGGUAUAGUGAUAAGCUGUGUGGCCGUGACCUUUGCUGCUUUACUCGUGACAUAUCUGCUCGCCGGCCGCUACUGUAAAUACGGGACCGCAUAGCCAAUGCAGAGCUACACAAUAUUAUGUGAUCACAAAAGACAUCCAAUUGUCCAAACGGUGGAACAUGUAAUAGUGACUUAUGGAACAUGUAAUAGUGACUUAUGGAACAUGUAAUAGUGACUUAUGCAUGUGUGCAUAUCUUUGACUUGAAUCAGUUCAUACACGAACGAACAUCACACAUAACCAGGUCCUGUUUAAUCAGAGAGCGUACUGUACUAUAAACUUCUAUUUGCCAGUAACACUUUCAAUCUAAAUUGUGUCACUAAAUACAUAAACUAGUUUACUGAAAAUAUCGCUCUUACAAUAUUUACCUAAGUAUUUUAUUUUUCAUAAAAUGUUGUAUAACCUGUAAAUAAAGCUGUUCAUGUUUAUCCCCAAGAAUAGUGUUUUGUAAAUCUG